UGGCAUCACAAGUCACCAUGCUGUAUUUGUUUAGCCUUUUUUUGCUUAUGGGCAAUGUGGAAAGUGGUAAAAGUGGUGAAGGUGGUCCUGAUGGAGGUGGUCCCGCCAUUACUACACCUACCACUCUCGUUAGAGUGGUGAAUGGUCCAAAUGCUUGUUCUGGAACAGUAGAGAUCUACACAGAAGAAUGGGGAACCGUUUGUGAUGAAGGGUUUGAUGAAGUAGAAGCCAACAUGAUCUGUAUAGAGGUAGGCUGUGGUCCUAUUUCAGAAGUGAAGACUGGAGCAUUUUUUGGUGAGGGUUCAGGAUCAUCAUUCACAGAUGAUCUGAACUGUUUCGGCAAUGAGAGUUCAGUACUUGAUUGUGAUUGGAGUAACCACACCGACACGUGUGAUCACACGAAAGACGCUGGAGUGAUCUGUAGCCCCACCAUCAGGUUACAGGGGACCGGUACCAUGUGUUCGGGGAGAGUGGAGAUUUUUUACAAUAGAGAGUGGGGAACAGUCUGCGACACCGACUGGGAUAUGUUUGAUGCAGCCGUGGUGUGCCGAGAACGUGGCUGUGGAAGUCCAGCUGCAGUACAUGUUGGAUCUAAAUUUGGGCAGAGCACAGGGAAAAUAUGGAUGGAUGGUCUUAAAUGCAAGGGCAAGGAGGCUUCAGUUAAAGAUUGUACAUUUAAUGGUUGGGGAGUUACCACUUGUACAAAUGCGAGUGAGGCUGGAGUCACGUGUUCAGAGGUUAGGCUGGUAGAUGGAGAUGACUAUUGCUCUGGGAGGGUGGAGAUCCUCUACACCAAUAUGGGGUGGGGUACACUUUGUGAUAAAGACUGGAAUCGGCUGGGCGGAGACUUGAUCUGCAAACAGGUUAAUUGUGGGACUGCAUUAAGUGUCAAGGGUGGAGCUUAUUUUAAGAAGGGCUCAGGUGAUAUAUGGCUGUUUGAUUCUGAUUGUACUGGGACUGAAGACGGUCUGAAAAGCUGUAUAUCAGCGAGAAACAAAAAUCUCUGCUCCCACGAUGAUGACGCAGGAGUUAUCUGCAGAAAGACAAAACUGGUGAAUCCUCCACACUCGAACAUGUGUUUUGGUACAGUACAAAUUCGUGAUAGUGAAGACUGGGGAACAAUUUGUGACACCUACUGGGACGAUCUGGAUGGUAUUGUUAUGUGUCGAGAGCUUGGCUGUGGUCCUCUUAAAGGGGCAUACGUUGGAUCUUAUUUUGGGAAUGGUUCAGGUACAAUAAUGAUGGAUGGAUUAAAGUGUACUGGGAGUGAGUCUUCAGUGAAGGAGUGCAGUUUUCCUGGAAUAAGCAGUACCUGUACACAUGUGAGGGAUACAGGAGUUGUCUGUGGAGAAGUACGGCUGGUAGAUGGAAACACCAGCUGUUCAGGAAGAGUGGAGGUUCUUUAUAACAAUCAGUGGGGAACCGUUUGUUCUGACAGCUGGGAUAUGACUGAUGCUCAAGUCCUUUGUAGAGAACUGGGGUGCGGAAGUCCAGUAGAGGUAAAGACUGAUGCUUAUUUUGGAAGCGGUGUAGGAAAAAUAUGGAUGGAUGAUGUGAAAUGUAGAGGGACUGAGUUAUCUGUGAUGUCCUGCAAUUCAAAUGGAUGGGGAACACACAACUGUGACCACAAAAAAGAUGCAGGUGUCAUCUGUCGAGAGGUGAGACUGUUGAAUCAGGACAACACCUGUAAAGGCACAGUACAGGUGUAUCACGAUGGACGGUGGGGAUCAGUGUGCCACAAUGACUGGGAUGUUGCCGACGGUGUAGUCCUCUGUAAAGAGCUGGGCUGUGGUGGUAAUGUGCAGCCCUUGAUGAAUGCCUAUUUUGGGCCAGUUGAGGGGCAAAUAUGGAUGGAUUCCCUCAGAUGCAAAAGUGACGAGACAAACCUCAGGGACUGUUCAUUUGCUGAGUGGGGAAAACACAGCUGUAUUCAUGCGUAUGAUGCUGGGAUCAUCUGCAGAGAGAUUAAAGAUGUGCUCAGGAUUGAAGUGACAGCUGGUGUAGAUCCUAAUAACCCUGAAAUCUUGGCAAAAAUGAUGGACCUGCUGAAGAAAGAGCUGCAAAAGAUAGGAAAUUUCAAUGUCCUCUGGAGAACUCACCUUAAUAAGCAAGUGUUUAAGGAAAAGAAAUUAUUUGAUCCCUGACAGACAUAAACUGUAACUCACCAUACAAGCAAUUACCUUUCAAGAGAAGACUCAAGAGAACAGUCGCUCUCGCUGAAUCAUCCUGAUGAGGAAUUUAAUGUUGGUGUACUGAAAAGAUGUAAUACAUUUCACAACAUAUCCAAUACAGCAUACAUAAGCUAUGCUUAGUUUGCCGCAAGUGCCAGAAAAGGUUUUGGAAGUCAUAGUGAUUGUUAGAGGAAUGCAAUAAAAAAUUUUGUUUUAUCCCUGAAUAAAUGAAGGCAUAUAGUGAUGAUUUAAACAUUUGAGUAGAACAUUGUAAAUAACCACAGUACAUGUUACUAUAUGGUGACUAUUUGUAAGGUCAAAGUCCGUGACAGUUUUGUAAUAAUUUUGAGUGCAGUGAUGCUAUGCAUUUCUUUUAUUACAAAUGUUUUUGAUUUCCUUUGCAUGAUAUAAUUGCUUAUUUGCUUUCUAAUGUAAUGUAGAUUGAAACAGCAUAUUUCAUUUUUACAAUCCGUCCAUUCUGUGAUUUGCAUAACUGUGAAUUAAUUUGUGGUUUUACUGUAUAUCUUAUUGCAUAAGCAAAUAUAUCUCUAGUAAAA